AUGGCCCUUUCUUGGGGGCGCAUGGGAGGGUCUCGAGGGCUGCUCUUGGCUUUGGCACUGCUUGCCAGGACCCCCGCCUGCCCCGCUGGAUGGCAGGCUUUUGAGAGUUCCUGUUUUCGCGUCUUCGAGGGUCCCGCCAACUGGGACCAGGCACGGGAGCGCUGCGAGGGCCUUGGGGCGCAGCUCGCCUCGGUGCACAGCGAGGCGGAAAACGGGCAGCUGGUCUUCGCGUGUGGCAACACCCGGCUGGGAACUUGGGGUUUGGCGGCGGAUAGCAGCUGA